AUGGCCUCACUUGGAUUUCCAUCCAUAUCCAUACCCAUUCUCUUCUUGAUCACCCUGCUGUCCACUGUACACACAUCUUCUUCUCCUGGUCCAAGCAAGAGCAAUGGUAGCGACACUGAUCUUGCCGUCAUGCUGGCUUUCAAAGCACAGCUCUCCGACCCUCUCAGCAUCCUUUCCAGCAACUGGACUACUGGUACGAAUUUUUGCCACUGGUUUGGUGUCACAUGCAGUCGGCGCCGGCAGCGCGUCACUGCUUUGAAACUGCCAGGCUCCCCCCUCCAUGGAUCAAUCACUCCUCACCUUGGUAACCUCUCUUUCCUCUCCUAUCUCAAUCUCAACAGUACAAAUCUCACGGGAUCCAUCCCCGAUGAUUUAGGACGGCUUCAUCGUCUUAAAUACCUAUAUCUCGGAUUCAAUGGCCUAUCAGGUAGCAUCCCAACCACCAUAGGAAACCUCACAAGGCUUCGUGUUCUUUCCCUAUAUUAUAGCCAUCUAUCUGGUUCAAUCCUGGUAGAACUUCAGAACCUGCAGAGUCUUGGCUACUUCAGUGUCUUCAGGAAUUACCUGAGCGGCUCAAUACCCACCUAUCUAUUUAAUAAUACCCCUCUGAUAACUCACCUAGACAUCGGUAACAACAGCCUGUCCGGACAAAUACCAUCUUGUAUUGGCUCCUUACCAAUGCUUGAGUUCCUUGACCUUCAAGUGAAUCAUUUCAGCGGCCUAGUACCUCCAUCCAUAUUCAACCAUUCUAGAUUAACUCAAAUCUGGCUUGGACUGAACCACAAUUUAACUGGUCCAAUCCCUAACAACGAAAGUUUUAGUCUACCAGCGUUGCAAGAGAUUGGCCUGGAUAGCAAUAGAUUCACCGGUGAGAUUCCAUCGGGGCUCUCCUCUUGUAACUACCUCCAAAGUAUCUCCUUCAACCGGAAUUCCUUCGAAGGUGUUGUGCCAACAUGGCUGGGCAAGCUUUCUCAUCUCAGUUUCCUUUCCUUGGGUAGGAAUCACUUUGUUGGUCCAAUUCCUGUUGCACUUAGCAACCUCACUCAGCUAGGUACACUAGCCAUACCGGCCUGUAACCUGUCAGGAGCCAUUCCAGAAGAGUUUGGACAAUUGGACCAACUCACUGUGUUGGAUGUCUCAGACAAUCAACUAGUCGGACCCAUUCCUGCAUCUCUAGGUAACCUGUCUGAAUUAGCAUACUUGCUUUUAAACAAAAACAUGUUCCUUGGAUUGGUACCAGGAACAAUUGGUAGUGCCAACUCUAUGGUUCGUAUUGAUAUUUCAGAGAACUGCCUAGAGGGGAAUCUUAGCUUCUUAUCCAGUUUUUCUAAUUUUAGAAAGCUCCAGUUUAUUCACAUCUCUUCAAAUAAUUUCACCAGUGGCAUCCCUAACUAUGUGGGGAACCUGUCGAGCCAGCUGCUGAUUUUCAGUGCAUCUAAGAACAAUUUUGUUGGUGAACUUCCGCCUAUGAUUUCAAACCUAACACGCCUUGAAUGGCUAGAUUUUUCAAAGAAUCAGUUGGAUAGUAAGAUUCCAGAAUCCAUCAUGAUGAUGGAGAAUCUUCAGUGGCUUGACCUGGAUGGAAAUCACUUUUUUGGGUCCAUCCCAUCUCAAAUUGCAAUGCUCAAGAAUAUAGGACAUUUGUUCCUCUAUAACAAUAAAUUGUCUGGUCCAAUACCAGAGGGGAUUGGUAACCUGACCAAGUAG